GCUUGACCAACCACGCAUCAUCCUCAAUUCCUCAUCCCUCUGCGCACUCGAUCUCUGGUUGUACCAAAGAGAAGCGCAGUGAGAGAUCAUGUAUUCCCGCAUCAGAACCGUUUCUCGAAUCCUCAAUUCAGCUGCCAAACCUUUUUCCUCAUCCUCCACAACCACGCCUUCCAGCACCACGUCUCAAUAUUCUCAGACUCUUGCGGGUCUCCGAGCUCGGCUUGAGGAGGAAUCGCCAUCUCUAUCCGACUUCGUUGGCUUGAAGUCGAACAAUUCAUACUCUGUCGAGGUUGGCACGAAGAAGAAGCCACUACCGAAGCCCAAAUGGAUGAAGGAAUCAAUUCCAGGAGGAGAGAAGUAUGUGCAGAUCAAGAAGAAGCUUCGGGAACUGAGGCUUCACACGGUUUGCGAGGAGGCCAGAUGCCCAAAUUUGGGUGAGUGCUGGUCUGGCGGUGAGACCGGGACUGCCACCGCAACAAUCAUGAUUUUGGGAGAUACUUGUACUCGAGGUUGCAGAUUUUGUAAUGUGAAGACAUCUCGAACUCCUCCCCCACCAGACCCUGAGGAGCCGACCAAUGUGGCAGAAGCAAUUGCAUCAUGGGGUCUGGAUUAUGUGGUCAUAACCAGUGUUGAUCGCGACGAUUUACCUGAUCAAGGAAGUGGUCAUUUUGCUGAAACAGUGCAGAAGCUGAAGGCACUGAAGCCAAGCAUGCUCAUAGAAGCUUUAGUUCCUGAUUUCCGAGGAGACGCUGGCUGUGUAGAGAAGGUUGCCAAAUCAGGAUUAGAUGUCUUUGCACAUAACAUUGAGACAGUGGAGGAGCUUCAGGGUGUUGUAAGGGAUCGUCGCGCUAAUUUUAAGCAGUCUAUUGAUGUUCUAAUGAUGGCCAAAGAUUGUGCACCUGCUGGAACUCUCACCAAGACAUCAAUCAUGUUAGGCUGUGGGGAAACACCUGAUCAGAUUGUGAAGACGAUGGAGAAGGUGAGAGCAGCAGGCGUCGAUGUGAUGACAUUUGGUCAGUAUAUGAGACCUUCAAAGCGCCAUAUGCCAGUAUCUGAAUAUGUUACACCUGAGGCUUUUGAGAGGUAUCAGAUGCUUGGCAUGGACAUGGGCUUUCGAUACGUAGCAUCUGGUCCGAUGGUGAGGUCAUCAUAUAAAGCAGGUGAAUUUUAUAUCAAGUCCAUGAUUGAGUCAGACCGGGCUGCGUCUCCUUCUAAGCUCCCAGCCUCAAGUUGAACAUUUCUUUCCUAUUACUUGACACAAUUUUGUCUUACAUGUAUCAUAUGUAAGAAGGAGCUCAAGCUUUUAUAUCGUAGAUGAUGCUCAUGCCAUCUGUAAUCUAUCUGUAAAAUGAUAUGAAUGGGCCCGACCUAUGUAUGAAAUCUUCUCCUCUCCAACACAAACAGCUGAUCUAUUGAGAUUCAUUGGGAAAUAAGUUUUCCUUCCCAUUUCAGUGAUUGUUUCAACACUUCUUCA